UUACGCUCGAACGACCGAUCGCGCGACGAUUUUCCUCACAGUGCCUCAGCAAUAAUCGUCGCGUGUUGAAAAAGUGUACUGGAAAAUUGCUUGCGACGCGUAAGCUGGUCGUAAUAAAACGUGAAAUAUGACUGAUCAACAAAAAUCAGCUAUGAGAGAAGUAGUGCUCGAAAUGAGCGAUACGAAUGGAGAACCGAUUCCUCCCAAGCCACAGAAUAUAACGUCAGUCGUAGAAGAACUCCGGAUCGAUAUAGAGCCAGACGACAACAACUCCACACAAACUAAGGGGAAAAUGACAGAUUAUGCAAAUCUUGUUGAACGCACACGAAAUGUAUUUCUUAGUGGUAAAACAAGACCACUAGAAUGGAGAUUGAAACAACUAAAGCAAGCACAACUUAUGAUAAAAGAAUGCGAACAAGAAAUUAUAUCUGCUCUUGCUAGUGAUCUGCACAAAUCUAAAUUUGAAUCUCUUACAACAGAAGUAGUAUUCACAGAAGGAGAAAUCAAAGAUUUGCUUACAUAUCUCAAGGAAUGGUCAGCUGAUGAAAAACCUCCAAAGGCAAUAGUCAACAUAUUGGACAAAGUUGAAAUUAAAAAAGAUCCAUUUGGUGUGGUUCUUGUUAUAGGACCAUGGAAUUAUCCUUUCCAGCUAUGCGUAGUUCCUCUAAUGGGUGCAAUAGCUGCUGGUAACUGUGUUAUUCUUAAACCAUCAGAAAUAUCCUCUGCCACAUCAAAAAUUCUUGCAAAAAUUAUUCCAAAAUAUUUAGAUCAAGAAUGUAUUCAUGUAGUGCUAGGAGGUGUUCCUGAAACAACAGAACUACUUAAGCAGAGAUUCGACUACAUCUUUUAUACAGGUUCAACUACAGUUGGAAAAAUUAUUCGCGAUGCGGCGAAUAAAUUCUUAACGCCAGUGACAUUAGAACUAGGUGGUAAAAGCCCUGUAUAUAUAGAUAAUACGGCGGAUUUAGAAAUAAGCGUGAAAAGAAUACUUUGGGGCAAAUGUGUUAAUGCUGGACAAACAUGUAUUGCACCUGAUUACGUACUUUGUACUGAGGAAAUCCAAAAUAAAUUCAUAAAAAAGGCAAAGGAGAUUCUCAAAGAAUGGUAUGGUGAUAAUCCCAAAGAAAGUCCAGAUUUAACACGUAUAAUUAACGAACAACAUUAUAAACGUCUCGUAAACUACUUAAAUAAUGGCAAAGUAGCACUAGGAGGUGAUUGUGAUUCUAACGAAAAAUAUAUCUCGCCAACCAUACUCGUUGAUAUCAAGCCUACGGAUCCCGUCAUGCAAGAUGAAAUAUUCGGUCCAAUAUUACCAUUUAUAAACAUAAAUAACGCUUACGAAGCAAUUAACUUCAUAAAUAGUCGGGAGAAGCCAUUAUCAUUAUAUGUAUUUAGUACUGAAGAGAAGACUAUAUCAAUAUUUCUUGAAAAUACAAGCAGCGGUAGUGUAUGUGUUAAUGAUGUAAUAAUGCAUGUCACAGUUGACACUUUACCAUUUGGUGGUGUUGGUAAUUCUGGUAUGGGAGCCUAUCAUGGAAGAUAUACGUAUGAUACUUUUGUGCACAAGAAAGGCUGCCUUAUUAAAGAUUUUAAUAAGUUAGGAGAAACAUUGGCAUCAUGCCGUUAUCCGCCAUAUUCCGACAAGAAGUUGUCUUUCAUAGAAUUUUUAUUGGCAAAACGACCUGACAUACCGGGAAUUAAAUACAUUCCACAUCUUUUAGCAUUCGGUUUGGGAAUUCUUGUCACGUAUGGUAUUUCAACUGCUUUAAAGGUUCAAGAAGAAAAUUAUUAAUGGACUCCUCACAAUAUUGUUAUAAAAGCUUGUUGUCAAUUACAAAUUUCAGAACGUUAUUUAUGUAUAAUUUUUACCUAUUCGUAUUCUAAAUUCGUACGUGUUUGCAACGAGUAAGAGAACUUUUAAAUAUUAAAAUAAAAGUCAAAUACAUUUCUACAAAAAUUUAGCUUUAGAGUUUAUAUGCUUACACACGUAUAAAAUUUUAAUAAUCGCUAUUUUAAUAUUAUUAACACUGUACAAGUUACUAGAAGAUAAAUUUGCACAAAAAUUGUUCGUAAAAAUUCGUGUUUUUAUGACAUAAUUCUUUUUUAGAUAUUUUAUAGCUAACUUGAGCUUCCACAAUAACACAUUGUAUUUUUUAAAGAUUACAGUAAGAUUUAUCAGUAUAUAAAUUUGCCAUAGUGUAUAUAGAAUGUAUAAUAUGCAAAAUUGUUGCCAUAAUGUUAAAUAAAUAUAUAAAAAACCCUACCA